AUGACAUAUGGCAACCUUUACAACAACUUGUGGCUCGAUCCGGCGGUGGCUCACGAGACCGAGCUGCAGCCUAGUUCAGGUUUUCUUGAGAUGUCAUAUGACAGAGUUGGUGCCACAGCGAAUCACAUUAGCUUGACGUAUUGGACGCGGGCGAACCAUCGAGCCUGGCGGCCCAAUUCGAAAGCCAUUCUGCCUGAUGCCACAAAACGGCUUCUGUCGCAGAAUUUGGCUAAGUUGAACCUGUGGGAGGCAGCCUGUGAUACCAAUUUCAAACUUAUGGAAUUCCAAUGCGGGUCGGGCAUUUCAGGCUGCGCCGCCCGCAUCCGACUUUGUGCACGUGUUCAUAGACUGAAGGAUAGUAGAUUCCAGUUUUUCAGGGAGACCGACUGA